UAACCCUUCGGUAGCAUAAACGUCACGCGGUUUUGAGGAGGUAGAAGGAGUGACGAGGGCAUCAGCUGAAUUUGGCUGUGCAGUAAAUGCUCCGGAAGGUUUGUGCCAUAGCCUUCUAAAUUCUUUGUUUGUUGAGGAGAUCAAACUGAUAUACUGCAUUAAAUCCAGUUUACUGUUAUCCUCAAAAAAGUAGUUGGGCGUUUAAUUGAAGCACACACAUAAGUAUCUAUUUGUCAGCUAACGUGGUAUGGGUAUCUGAAUCUCAUUCUCGGUCCCUAAAUGGACGUGGAAUCAAAACAAGGCAACAAAUCCACCGGAAUGACGCGGCUUCCAAAUUACGGAUCGAGAAGAGGAAGAAAUUGCUGCUUCAUCUGCCUCGCCGUCCUUCUCCUUCUGGGCCUUCUCUUCCUCAUCUUGGGCCUCACCGUUUUUAAAGCCAAAAAGCCCGUCACCACCGUUAACUCCGUUUCUCUACGGGAUAUGGAUUUCUCCGUCGACAUCGUCAGGCUUAAGGUUCACCUCAACGUCACCCUUCAGGCCGACCUUUCUGUCACAAAUCCCAACCGGGUCGGGUUCAAGUACGACUCUACUUCCGCCAUCCUGCAGUAUAAGGGCCAGGUCAUAGGAGAUGCCCCUAUUCCGGCCGGCGAGAUAGGUUCCCGUGAAACGCGUCCGAUGAAUAUUACCCUUACCGUGAUGGCCGAUCGAUUGCUUUCCGAUUCCGGUUUGUAUUCCGACGUCCUUUCCGGUUCUGGUAUGUUACCCCUCACUACUUACGUGAAAUUGUCAGGGGUGGUCCGAGUUCUGGUCAAAAUUCACGUGAAAACUACCACUUCUUGCGAUUUGUACAUCGAUGUUCUUAACAGGAAGCUCGCCAACCAGACUUGUCAUUAUAAGACAAAGCUAUGAUUCUCUCUAGUACCACAUUACACGUGUUGGUUCGUUUCACUUGUUAGAUCUAGUAUGUAAUUUCUCUAGUACCACAUUACACGUGUUCAUUCGUUUCACUUGUUAGAUCUAGUGUGUAAUUUCUCUAGUACCACAUUUGCUAUUGUUUUUUCCCUUUGUUUGGUUCAGUGGGUCUUUGUUUGCAGUCUGUAUAUUAUAGUAAGAAAUUGAAGAACAAAAGACAUAUAGAAACGAUUGCUUGGUUUAAUUUUCCUAGUUGUUAGUAUGUAGUCCAACUUCUACUGAUCUGGUGAGAAAAGUAUCUUUGAUCAUUUUCUUAGCAUAUAUUUUAUCACCAAUAACCAUAUGCUGAUGGAUGCAGACUUUUUAGUUGGUUUUCUGAAACUCAGCUAAAAGAUAUUGCAGAUGGGCUUAGUGAUGAGGUUAUGUGACAUGAAGAAUCCGAUGGAGACGAGGACGAUGAAGAGGUAAACAUUGAUGAGAUUACACUUACCUUCCUUUUUAUAGUUUUUCUGAUAUGGACCUUCUGGUAAGCUUUUCUGACGUUCCUAUUGGAUCUUCUGAUUUUUUUUUUUUGGGGGGUUAAAUGUUCUAUGAUGUUGUUGCUGUCCUUUGGUGCAUUCCUAUCUCACUGUUCCUUGUUAAAAUUUGAAACCUUUAUUCACUAAAUAGAUGGUGCAUAUUUCAUGAAACAAACACAGAAAGAUGCAUAAUUAACUGUUCCAAAAUAAACUUUUUGGUAUCUCGGUUAGCCAUUUUAGAUCUGAAUUUUUAUUGAUCUUGGAUAUUCUCAACCUAGGCACUACUACGUGAGUCUUGACUCCAAUCUUUACCUUUUUCUUUCAAGCUGCUACAGCCAUACUACACAAGUUUCAUAGAGUGACAUGGUAGAUGAUGCAUUGUGGUGAAGUUGUUUGGAUUUUUUUCGGAAAUAGUGAUGAAAUGUGGGAAUGUCGAUGACCAUAGUUAGCUGUCAAUCUGAUGAUUCAUUAAAGCCUUAGAAUGAAAAAAAAAGAUGGUCACGUAUAAAAAAAGGUGGACAUGGGCAACAAGUAACGAGAGUGUAAGUUGAGGCAUUAACCAUUAGGGGAAGUAACCUACACUUUUUGCCCCUGCUGAAGUGGGGUAGAAUCUACACUUUUAGAGGUAGUUUAGUGCCUUUUGCUUCCAGGAUACGGAAAUUGACUUUAUUUUGAACACAUAUAUUCAUCUUGUGCCAUCAAGAAAGUUGGUAAAGGAAGGAAGUUGGGGUAAAUUGGAAGACAAGCCUUUUGGAGUACAAUAAAUGCAGUCCAAGCUUUGCAUAAGUCAGAGCUAGGAAAUUGCAUAUGAUAUUCCUAAUUGUUUAUUUGUAUGACUUCUCUCAAGGAAAGAAAGAAAACUGGCUCAUCACCAACCAUAGGUAAAUGAAUUAUGAUUUAGGUGUGCUGAUGGUUUGCUAGAGAAUUGCCACUCGUCUAUGCAUCCUGCAGGGAGUUGUACGCUUCAGACAACAGUAUGUUCACAACUUGUGUUACAGGCUUUGUGUUAUUUACAUAACCGAGGUUGAAAAUGAAUUAUCUAAAGGAUACUGAAAAUGAAUUGCCUAAAUGCUUUAUUCUUUUCAGCUAUUGUUGUAUAUGCUCUAAUCUGAAAAUGCUAUGACAGUUGAAGUUUGGUGGUUAUAACAUCUUAUAUAAUGGGCUUUU